AUGUAUGUAAUGAAAGCUAAAGUGCCAUAUGGUAUACUAAGAACUUUUACAUCUGUGAUCAUCUUUGGUUCACAUGAUCAUGAGGCUGGCAGAUGGAAUCACCCCUCUUGCAGAGAUGAGGGAGCAGGCUUAGAGAAGUCUGAUAAUGAAGAAGCAGCAGCUUCUCCACUCCUUCUCGAAUCUCCGCCUGGUUGGGGCCCACCUGCUUCCACUCCUGUCUCCACCAUGUGCAUCAAGGUGACCCAGAAGUCCUACAAGGUGUCCACCUCUGGCCCCUGGGACUUCAGCAGCCGCUCCCUACACGAGUGGGCCCGGUGCCCCCAUCAGCUCCUCAAGCUUCUCCCGAGUGGGCAUGAGCAGCUUCCAGGGUGGACCCCAACAUCCAGGCCAGGCCCUGCACACCCAGGAGAAGGAACAGAUCAAGACCUACAAAACAAAUUUGCCUCCUUCAUUGACAAGAUACGGUUCCUGGGGCGGCAGAACAAGAUGCUGGAGGCCAAGUGGAGCCUCCUGCAGCAACAGAAGAUGGCUCGGAGCAACAUGGACAACAUGUUCCAGAGCUACCUCAACAACCUUAGGCAGCAGCUGGAGACUCUGGGCCAGGAGAAGCUGAAGCUGGAGGCAGAGCUUGGCAACAUUCAGGGGCUGGUGGAGGACUUCAAGAACAAGUACCAUGAUGAGAUCAAUAAGCAUAUAGAGAUGGAGAAUGAAUUUGUCCUCAUAGAGAAGGAUGUGGAUGAAGCUUACAAGAACAAGGUAGAGCUGGAGUCUUGCCUGAAAGGGCUGACUGAUGAGAUCAACUUCCUCAGGCAGCUGUAUGAAGAGGAGAUCUGGGAGCUGCAGUCCCUGAUCUCGGACACGUCUGUGGUGCUGUAGGACAGCAACAACUCCCUGGACAUGGACAACAUCAUCGCUGAGGUCAAGGCCCAGUAUGAGGAGAUUGCCAACUGCAGCUGGGCUAAGGCUGAGAGCAUGUACCAGAUCAAGUAUGAGGAGCUGUGGACGCUGGCCGGGAAGCACGAGGAUAACCUGCGGCAUACAAAGACUGAGAUCUCCGAGAUGAACCAGAAUGUCAGCUGCCUCCAGGCUGAGAUCAAGGGCCUCAAAGGCCAGAGGGCUUCCCUGGAGGCCGCCAUCGCCGAUGUCAAGCAGCACAGGGAGCUGGCCAUUAAGGAUGCCAACACCAAGCUGUCGGAGCUGGAGGCCGCCCUGCAGCGGGCCAAGCAGGACAUGGCGCAGCAGCUGCAUGUAUACCAGGAGCUGAUGAAUGUCAAGCUGGCCCUGGACAUCAAGACUGCCACCUACAAGAAGCUGCUGGAGGGCAAAGAGAGCUGGCUAGAGUCUAGGAUGCAGAACAUGAGUAUCUACUCGAAGACCACCAGUGGCUGUGCUGGAAGGUUGAGCUCGGCCUAUGGGGGCCUCACAAGACCCCUCCUCAGCUAUGGCCUGAGCUCCAGCUUUGGCUCUGUCGCGGGCUCCAGCUACUUCAACUGCACCAGCUCCACCAGGGCUGUGGUUGUGAAGAUCGAGACCCGCGAUGGGAAGCUGGUGUCUGAGUCCUCUGACGUCCUGCCUGAGUGA